AUGGCAGAAGCUACACUAUCCACCCUUCUGCAAACCUUAAAAUUCCCCCAAAUACCCACCUCUGAUGAAGAACCAAGGGAGAAGGGAGAUGCAGGAAAUACUCCCUGGAUUAUAUUUAGGACCAUAUGCUGCGCUCAAAGAAGCAAGUUACCUGUUCUUUUAGAGCAUGGUAUAACCCAUGUCCUUUGUAUAAGACAGGCACCAGAGGCAACCAUCAUUAAACCAAACUUUCCAGACAGAUUCCGGUAUUUAGUUCUUGAUGUAGCUGACAAUUGCAUGGAAAAUAUCAUCAGACAUAUACCUACAGUGAAGGGAUUCAUUGACUCGUGUUUACAAUCUGGAGGAAGGAUACUGGUACAUGGCAAUGCUGGUAUAUCAAGAAGUGCUGCACUAGUUAUAGGUUAUCUAAUGGAAACAUAUGGACUGAAGUACAGGAUUGCCUACCGCUAUGUACAGGAGAAACGUUUCUGUAUCAGUGUAAAUGAUGGAUUUGCCAGUCAAUUGAAGGAGUACGAAGCAAUAUUCACUGCAAGGAUGCAAGUACCUGCUGGUAUGACGAAGGACUAGGUAUCAAAAGGUCACUGGAUGAAGAAGAGAUGGAGCCCGACUAACAGACACUAGAUUCCUGGCAUUGAAGACUGUGCAAUCAUUCCCUUGUAGUGGAUUUAACUUCCUAGCUGUUCCUGCAUCUGGUCCUGGUCCUGGUCCUAUACAGACUUCUUGAACCUGGACCUGCCUGGCCAUGUGAUAUAUAUCUGCUCUUUCAAGCCAAGUAAUUAAAAGUCCUAAAUCUGAGAUGGACCAAAGAAGAUUGGCAGGUAGACACGUAGAAUCGUUCCAAGUUUUCAGGAUAUCCUCUGUUUAAGGUGCAAAGACCUGCAUUUAAAUGUUACAGCAUUGCAAAAACACUCCACUGUUGUUUAUACAUGUAUGUGAAUUGUGAAACUUCAGCAGUUUCAAACUACCAUGCAUACUUUAAAUGAAAUUUCUAGCAUAUCAUAUACACUGCUGUAGUUCAAAUACAUUUCUACUUUAUUCACUGUUUGAUUUAAUCCUGUAAUGUGUGUUAGAGAUUUUCAUUGUUUGAUCCCCAUUUUUUAUUACAAUCCACACAUCUCCUUACUAUUUUAUUCCUUUUAAGUAAGCUGAUAACAAUUUUUAAUUUUGUUGUUGCUAGAAACUGUAAAAUUGUGGUGCUUUACGUGUUGUGUUAAGUCAUGUGAUGUUUGUACCUGAAUGGGAAUGAUCUGAAUGUGUUUGAUAUUACAAACUAUGUUCCUGCAUUAAUAUCAUUAUGUCUUCUUUAUUAAAGAUAUGGUUGUUUCAGAAUUUUUAUACCAAUGAUUAAAAUGUACCCAUACUCAUUCUGUCUCUCUCUCUCUCUCUCUCUCUCUUUCUCUGUUUUCUAACACUCCAAACUGACCAUGGUGUUUUAUUCCUUUUCCUGUGCCCAAUUCACAGUAGGUCUUAUGAUUAUACCAAAGCUAUUACAUUCAAUGUCAUUCCCUGAAUCUACAUUAACAGGACACUCCAACAUGAGUUUGUGAAAAUUAUCAUUUAAAUCCAACGUGCCAUUGUGAUGUCAUUUGUUGUGGUCCAACCACCAUUCUGCCAAUUUAUUUUAAAAAUAGUGUAGUACAGUAAUUUCGUACAAGAUUUUUACCCGUUUUUGUAGAAUGAAGGUAACAAAAUAGGCAUUGCUUUUUGUAUGUUUAAAAAAAAAAAAUAAUACUCAUCAAAAUGUAUUCCAUCAUAAUAUAUCAUGCCUCAUCAUUAAACAUGAUUAUUAUAAUAU